AUGCCCGGCGGGAAGAGGGGGCUGGUGGCGCCGCAGAACACCUUCCUGGAGAACAUCGUCCGGAGGUCCAGCGAGACCAGCUUCCUCCUGGGAAACGCUCAGAUCGUGGAGUGGCCUGUGGUCUACAGCAAUGACGGCUUCUGCAAGCUGUCGGGCUUCCACAGAGCUGAGGUCAUGCAGAAGAGCAGCACCUGCAGUUUUAUGUACGGAGAGCGGACGGACAAGAAGACCAUCGAUAACGUCCGACAGACGUUUGACAACUAUGAGUCCAAGUGCUUCGAAAUCCUGCUGUACAGAAAGAACAGAAGUCCGGUGUGGUUCUACAUGCAGGUGGCUCCGAUCCGGAAUGAGAACGAUAAGGUGGUUCUGUUCCUCUGCACCUUUAAGGACAUCACGCUCUUCAAGCAGCCCAUCGAAGACGAAACCACCAAAGGAUGGACAAAGUUUGCUCGACUCACUCGAGCUCUCACCAACAACCGCAACACCAUGCAGCAGCUGGCCCCCAUGGGCAAACAUGAGGUCAGCCACAAGCAGUCCAGACUGGCUGAGGUUCUGCAGCUAAACUCCGACAUCCUCCCCCAGUACAAGCAGGAAGCUCCCAAGACCCCCCCUCACAUCAUCCUUCACUACUGCACCUUCAAGACCACCUGGGACUGGGUGAUCCUCAUCCUGACCUUCUACACGGCCAUCAUGGUGCCCUACAAUGUCUCCUUCAAGACCAAGCAGAACAACAUCGUUUGGCUGGUGCUGGACAGCGUGGUGGACGUCAUCUUCCUGGUGGACAUCGUCCUCAACUUCCACACCACCUUCGUGGGUCCAGGCGGAGAAGUGAUCUCUGAUCCCAAACUGAUCCGUAUGAACUACCUGAAGACCUGGUUCGUCAUUGACCUGCUGUCCUGUCUGCCGUAUGACAUCAUCAACGCUUUCGAGAAUGUGGACGAGGGCAUCAGCAGCCUGUUCAGCUCUCUGAAGGUGGUCCGUCUGCUUCGCUUGGGUCGGGUUGCCAGGAAACUGGACCACUACCUGGAGUACGGCGCUGCGGUGCUGGUCCUGUUGGUCUGCGUCUUUGGACUGGUGGCCCACUGGCUGGCCUGUAUCUGGUACAGCAUUGGAGAUUAUGAGGUCAUUGAUGAGGCCACCAACACCGUAAAAAUGGACAGCUGGCUCUACCAGCUGGCGAUGAGCAUCGGGUCACCGUACAGAUACAACGCCAGCGGGUCGGGCCAAUGGGAGGGCGGGCCUGGGAAGGACUCUCUUUACAUCACCUCUCUAUAUUUCACCAUGACCAGCCUGACCACCAUCGGCUUCGGGAACAUCGCUCCCACCACGGAUGGAGAGAAGAUCUUCUCUGUGGCCAUGAUGAUGGUGGGAUCUCUUCUUUAUGCCACCAUCUUUGGAAACGUCACAACCAUCUUCCAGCAGAUGUACGCCAACACCAACCGCUACCACGAGAUGCUCAACAACGUCCGGGACUUCCUGAAGCUGUACCAGGUUCCCAAGGGCCUGAGUGAGCGAGUCAUGGACUACAUCGUCUCUACCUGGUCUAUGUCCAAAGGCAUUGACACAGAAAAGGUCUUGUCCAUUUGUCCUAAAGACAUGCGGGCGGACAUCUGUGUCCAUCUCAACAGGAAGGUGUUCAACGAACAUCCGGCCUUCAGGUUGGCCAGCGAUGGCUGCCUGCGCUCGCUGGCUGUGGAGUUCCAGACCACCCAUUGUGCUCCAGGAGACCUGAUCUACCACUCCGGGGAGAGCGUGGACACCCUCUGCUUCGUGGUGUCGGGGUCACUGGAGGUCAUUCAGGAUGAUGAAGUCAUCGCCAUCUUAGGUAAAGGUGAUGUGUUCGGAGACGUGUUCUGGAAGGAAACCACGUUAGCUCAUGCCUGCGCUAACGUCAGAGCGCUGACUUACUGCGACCUGCACGUCAUCAGGAGGGACGCCUUGCUCAAAGUCCUGGACUUCUACACGGCCUUCGCCAAUUCCUUCUCCCGCAACCUCAUCCUCACCUGCAACCUGCGCAAAAGGAUUAUUUUCCGUAAAAUCAGCGAUGUGAAGAAGGAGGAAGAGGAGCGUGAGCGAGCGAAGAACGAGGUGCAGAUCACCAUCCCUCAGGACCACCCAGUCCGUAAACUCUUCCAGAAGUUCAAGCAGCAGAAGGAGCUCCGCAGCCAGGGUGCUGCAGCUGCUUCCCAGCUGGACCUGGAGAAGAACCAGCAGAAACACCAGCACCUUCACCCCCAAACUCUGCAGCUAAGCCCCCCUGGCCUGCAGCACUCCCUGCCUCUUAACCUUCACAGAACCCACGAGUCCCUGCAGAAUGGAGCCCCGCCCAGUAGCCGCGUUCUGACCGUGUCGCAGGUCACGCCCCUCCAGAGUUCCCAGGUCUACAGCCAACCUGCUGAGGCUCCUGCCAAGCAGAACAACUGUGACCUGAUGGAGCUGCAGCCCAGUCCUGCUGGAGGAGGACCAGAUCCUGUCAGAACCAAAACCAGCACCAGUCCUGGGCUAGGAAAGCCUGCUGUCAGGCCUAGUGGAUGGAUGCGUCUGAAAAACAACAUGGCUCCAGUGGAGAAUAGGAAAGAGGGGCUAAACAACAACGUCAAGGCCAUUUCUGUAGAGAUGCUGUCUCAGGAGGUCAAAGGUCACACAGCAGGAGGGGUGGGGGGUGCAGGAGGGGUGGUAGGUACCAACCCUCUCCGUAAAACAGACUCGUGCGACAGCGGCAUCACUAAGAGCGAGUUACGGAUCGACCAGGCCGGUGAGGUGAGGACGCCCGCAGCCGUCACCCUCCUCCUUCACAGCCCCCUCCCUGGAGGGGCGGAGUCUCCUCACCCCUUCUGUUCCAUGUCAGAGCAGGCCCUACAGGCAGUGCUGCUUGAGACUCGGCUGGAGCUCCAGGGGGACAUUCAGACUCUGGGGGGCCGUCUGGGGGUCUUGGAGAGUCAGGUAGCUGAAAUCCUCAAACUGUUGUCGGACUCGAGGCAUCCGCCUAUUGGGGCUCUGCCCCCCUCCAGCACACCCAAAACCAAAAUCCAGCGCCAGGACAUUUUCACCGUAUCCAGACCUGUUUCCCCCGACACAGAGAAGGACAAUGGGCCUUGA